UCUCAAUCCUUUAAUCACUCAUCACUGAACCAGCAACCAAAUCAAUACCAAAUCAAAAUAACCAAUACUAUCUUCUUGGAAUUGGGCGGAAUGGAUGACCCUUAUAGUAUCUUGAAUGUUUAUUCUGAUUGUACUUAUGAAGAAGCUAAAGCUGCUUAUAGGAAAGCUGCAUUACUUCAUCAUCCAGAUCGACAACCAUUAUCUCGUAAAUCAGAAGCAGAACGUAGGUUUAGAAUCCUUUCAAAUGCAUUUCAACAAGUUUGUCAUGAGUUAGGUCAUCCGAUCGAACCACCUGAAAUCGUACCAUCAGUUCAACUUCAACCAAUCUUGAACAAAACUACUUCAAACCCUCCAUCUGCUUCAUCGAAACCAUCAUCAGUAACUAACUCAUCAAAGUUAAAUCAAUCUAAUCUAUCAAAACUACCUAUCAUCAAUAAAUCAAAUCGAUUAAAUGCUGAUCUGGGUCAUUCAUCAAUACCAGAUGAAUCCCAUCAUCGUAAAAGUUUAAGAUUACCUCGUGAAGAGUUAAUAAGGAAUCGUGAAAUGGAUGAAUUAGAACAACAAAGUCCUUAUGAUGAUAAUGAUGCAUUAGAUCGACCUGUUUAUGUUCAUAAUCAACUUCCCAAGACGGCUUAUACUCAAGACACUCAACCUACUCCUCAACGUCUUUCUAAUCAUCAACCAUCAGUGCAUGGUGGAUACCGUGAAGGAGGAGGAAACCAUCGUAGAACCGAUGUUCCGAAUGAAGACGUAAGACAUGACCCAUACCCAUCUUCUCGUAGAUCGAUCUCAUCACAAUAUCCAACAUCUAGAAGAUCAUCUUUUUCUCAAUCUAAUGCUCAUGAAUAUAAUGGAGCAAGACGUCGAGAAUUGGUCGAACAUCCAUCUAAUUCUCGUUCAUACAAUCAAGAAAGAUCAAGACCUAAUGAUUUAUAUGAUCUUAAACCGAUGUCCAAUCGAAACAAUAAAGGAUAUAAAGGAACAACCGAUGAAUGGGAUCAUGGAUUCGGAUUACCAGUAGAUGAUUUCUUUGGACCUCAAUCUUCUUCUGAUCCAUUCAAUACAUCUAAUCACAAAAUCUCAGACUUAAGUCUUGGAUUCGAUAAAUUGUUAUCAACUGCAAUGACAGGAUUAAAGAUUGGAGGACCUACUUCUAAUACAUUAGAGAACAUUGGAACUAAUCCAGAUUGUAUGAUGAGAGUUAGACAAUCUAAAACGGUCAUGGGUCAAAACUCAGAUGGAAGUUGGUCAGGUCAAAAAUUGGAUAAACAAAUGAGAGUAGCUAAUGGUAGAAUGGAAAUUAAUGAAAACGGUCAAGAGAUUAAGAUUGGUGGUCGUCAUCAUCCUAAUGGAAGAAGUCAUGGAGAAGAUUGGGAUCCUCCACCGGCUUAUGAAGGAGAUGAUGAUGAAUUUGGUCAUGAUGAAAGACCACGUCAUCAUCCAGAUGAUCAUCAUCCUCAUUCAUCACGUCGUGGAGUUCAACGAUCAGUUUCUGAUCAAUACGAUCACCGGCAAGACUCACGAAACCGAUCUGAUCAAAGCGGUUUAGGAUUAGCCACAAGCCGUUCUAGACCUAAUCCACCAAGAGGUUAUGUUGAUGAUUCACCUAGAGGUUAUGCGGAUGAUAGGGUUCGAGGUUAUGUUGAUGAUGGUCGAGAUUAUCUUGAGGAUGAACCAUAUAGAGGAUAUGGAGAUGAUGGACCUCAAAGAGGAUAUGGAGAUGAUAGACCCCAAAGAGGAUAUGGGGAUGAUGGACCUCAAAGAGGAUAUGGAGAUGAUAGACCCCAAAGAGGAUAUGGAGAUGAUGGACCUAGUUCUGCAUACCGUGGUGGUGGUGGCGGUGGUGCAGGUGGUAGACUUUCUAGAACUCAUUCUAUGUCUCAAGCUCGUCCUCAGUAUCAUCCUGACACAAGAUCAAUGGUUAGAAGAGCAGAUGGACCGGUCGUUAGAAGAUGAUCACAUGAUGAUCAGUAUGAUGAAUUUCUUUGAUUUCUUUUUUUCUUUUUUUACUUGGAUUUAAGACCUUUGGAUCUCAAGGAUUUCUUUUUUUUUGAAUAUACCACACAAAUCGGUAUGGAAAGAAAAAAAUAUAUAUCUCAAUUUUUUUUCUUGUUGCAAUAAGAUACAUACUAAAUAAAAAAAAUGAAUGAAUGGAAUUGAAACAAGAAGAUUUGGUUCGAUUAUGAUGUGUGUGUUUUUUCGUUAUCUUUUUUCUAUUUAUACAUAUACAUGAUGAAAUUCAAGUUGGAUUUGUUUUGAAAUUAUUUGGUUUCUUGAGU